UCUUUAGUGGCUGAUAAGUCGGCUGAUAAGCUGAAGCGAAGAGAGCAUUUAAGAUUUUUGGCAGUGGACACGAGCUGCUCUUAGCCGUCGCCCCCGACAUCCCAACGGCAGAGCCAGCAGAGCACGCGUCUCGCGGGAUAUGCUCUGCUCUGGCGCGGUCGCAACCCCGAGCCGCAGCCGCAGCUGGACGCGGUCGCAACGGGAACGGGCGAUGUGCAAGCCCAGGGCCGGCUCCUCCGACGCGUUGGCGUCGCAGCCCGCGGCCGCCGCCCCCUCGUCCCGCCGCUCCUCCGUCUCGUCCUCCGCCAAGCGCCGCCUCGCCGCGGCAGGGGUCUCCUCCGCCUCCGCCCCCUCCACGUCCUCCUACUCGGGGGCAGGACCCUCCGGCACGGGCACGGGGACGGCCAGCGAACAGCGCCGGGGCGCCACCUCGUCGUCGUCCACCUCCUCCGCGUCCUCCAGCCGCGCGUCCCUCGCCGCGGCGCGCGCCUCGCUCCCGGACCCGCCCGUCCUCUACCCGUUCCAGGAGCUCGCCGCGGCCACCAACAGCUUCCUCGCCAAGCGCGCCGGGGGCAGCGCCUCCGCCGCCGCCUACUGGCGCUGCUCCCUCCGCGGGCGCGACGCGGCGCUCUUCCAGCUCCAGUGCCGCCCCGGACCCGGCGCGGCCGCGGCCGUGGACGCCGCCGCGCUCGCCAGGAUCGGCAGGUACCACCACACCAGCCUCGCGCGGCUGCUGGGCGCGUGCCCCGCGGGCGCCCACCUCUACCUCGCCUACGAGCUCCCGCCGGGGGGCGCCACGCUGGCGGCGUGCCUCCGCAGCCCGCGGAACCCCAGCUUCACGGCACUCCGCACCUGGGUCUCCCGCGUCCAGGUCGCCGCCGACGUGGCCCAGGGGCUCGAGUACGUCCACCACCACGCGGGCUCCGUCCACGGCCGCGUCUCGCCCGCCGCCGUCAUCGUGUCCGACCCUGGCCUCCGCGCGCGGCUCACCCACUUCGGCGCGGUGGAAUUGGCGGACCCCGCCGCCGCCCGGGAGGCCGGGGAAUCCCCCUACGCGGCGCCGGACUCGGGCGAGCCGUCGCGGGAGGCGGACGUGUACGCCUUCGGGGUGCUGCUGCUGGAGCUGCUCUCCGGGGAGGAGCCAGCGAGGUACCGCUUCGACAGGGGCACCAAGGAGUUCCAGCGGGUGUCGGUCCUCGAGACGGCCGCGGCGGCGGCGGCUGGUGGAUCCGUGAGGAAUUGGGUCGACAGGAGGCUAGGUGACUCGUUCCCCAUUGCGGCCGCGGAGAGGCUGGUGGAAGUGGCGCUCCGGUGCGCGGCGGCGGAGGACCGGCCGGACAUGACGUGGGUCGCGGGGAAGAUUUCCAAGGUUUACCUCGAAUCCCGGGCGUGGGAGCAGAAGGUCCAAGUGCCCACCGAGUUCUCCGUAUCGGUGGCGCCGCGGUGAACCGAACGCGAGCGCGCACCGACAUCGCCGGCCGGCGGUGUAGUGAUUGCCAUUUCUUUUUGGUGGCGGCGGCCUGUGACCCUAGUUGCUCCUGGUAGUGGGGUUGGGGAAAAUUAGGCGAACUGAAAUUCUUUGAAAAUUUAUUGAAAUUCUGGUGAAAUCUCAAUUUUCAAAAAUAUAUCCUGAUUCUGCCGUAGACCAUUAGCGUCGGCGCCCACAGGCCGCAGUGUCUUGCUGAGAUUCGGCGAAGGUUCUUUCCACCUUGGGGAUUUUUGCGUGAAAUCUCAACUCGAUGAAGAAUUGGGGAUGGAU